UUGAACCGGAAGUGUAUUACGAUAACCCCGGAUGUCGAUUGCAGCGGCUGCUUGAAAGCCAGUUUGAAUGGUUGUUCUUUACAAAGGUUGAGACCACUGUCAGACGGCAUCAUGGCGCACAUCACUAUCAACCAGUACCUGCAGCAGGUCUAUGAAGCAAUUGAUAACCAGAGGGGCACACUCUGCGCCGAGCUGCUAUCUUUUAAACAUCCUCACGUUGCCAACCCUCGGCUUCAGCUUGCUAAUCCGGAGGACAAAUGUCAGCAAGUUCUAGAGCCGCCAUAUGACGAGAUGGUGGCCGCCCAUCUCAGGUGUACAUAUGCAGUUGCCAAUCACGACUUUGUCGAAGCCUACAAGUUCCAGACCAUCGUGGUCCAAUAUCCUUUGUGGUGACAUUGCAUUGCUUUUUAGGUUUCAAUGAAUAGUCAACACUCACUGUCGCUCCGACUUCUCACAUCCUUUUUGAGAGCAUUUCAAUCCCACAAAGAGGAGAACUGGGCACUUCCUGUAAUGUUUGCUGUCACUCUUGAUCUUAGAAUAUUUGCUAACAGUGCAGAGCAGCAGCUGCAGCAGAAGGGCAAAGGUCAGCCAAGUGAGAUGUUGGAAAAAGCAGCCGAGCAGCUGAUGAGCUGCUUUCGAGUUUGUGCCAGCGACAAUCGGGCUGGGAUCGAGGAUUCCAAGAAGUGGGGAAUGAUGUUUCUGAUCAACCAGCUGUUUAAGAUCUACUUCAAGAUCAAUAAGCUGCAUCUGUGCAAGCCGCUCAUCAGAGCCAUCGACAGCUCCAACCUGAAGAAUGACUACAGCCCGGCUCAGAAGGUCACAUACAAAUACUACGUAGGCCGCAAGGCCAUGUUUGACAGCGACUUCAAACCAGCCGAGGAGUUUUUGUCCUUUUCCUUCCGACACUGCCAUCGCAGCAGUCAGAAGAACAAGAGGAUGAUUCUCAUUUACCUGCUGCCUGUUAAGAUGCUGCUGGGCCACAUGCCAACACUGCAGCUGCUGGACAAGUAUGACCUCCUGCAGUUUGCAGAUGUGACCAAAGCUGUCAGUGAGGGCAACCUGCUGCUGCUGAAUGAGGCUCUGUCCAAACACGAGACCUUCUUCAUCCGCUGCGGCAUUUUCCUCAUCCUGGAGAAGCUGAAGAUCAUCACAUACAGGAACCUCUUCAAGAAAGUGUAUCUGCUGCUGAGGACCCACCAGCUGCCUCUGCGCACCUUCCUGGUGGCCCUGGAGAUGAUGAAGGUGGAGGAUGUGGACAUCGAUGAGGUGCAGUGUAUCCUGGCUAACCUCAUCUACAUGGGUCACAUUAAAGGUUACAUCUCCCACCAGCACCAGAAACUUGUGGUCAGCAAACAGAAUCCAUUUCCUUCGCUAUCGUCAAUCUCCUAGACUUCACUCUCAGACUGUGAUGCUCGGCAAACUUUUUUUUAGACUUUUACUGUAAAACAUGAAAUAAAAAGUAUUGGCUGUU